AUGUGUGAUGCAUCUGAUUAUGCAAUAGGGGCAGUGUUAGGACAGAGGAAAGAUGGCUUAGUCCAUGUGAUAGACUAUGCCAGCAAGGUCCUUAAUGAUGCUCAAAGAAAUUAUACCACAACCGAACAGGAACUGCUGGCAAUAGUCUUCGCAUUUGACAAGUUUAGAUCAUACCUCAUUGGUGCAAAAUUGAUGAUAGUUCACAAGGCUCCAUGGUUUGCAGACAUAGCCAACUUCAAGUGUUCAGAUGGUGUCCUCAGAAGAUGUGUUUCGGAAGAAGAAGGACGAGGGGUGCUAUGGAAUUGCCACAACUCAAGAUAUGGAGGCCACUUUGGAGGGGACAGAACUGCAGCAAAGGUUCUACAAAGUGGGUUCUUUUGGCCAACCCUUUUCAAGGACGCCAAAGAACUGGUAAAAAGCUACAAUGAAUGCCAAAGAACGGGAAACUUGCCCAAAAGAAAUGCCAUGCCACAAAAUUUCAUCCUAGAGCUGGAACUGUUUGAUGUCUGGGGAAUAGAUUUCAUGGGGCCAUUUCCAACUUCAUAUGCAAACAAGUACAUCUUAGUAGCUAUGGAUUAUGUCUCCAAGUGGGUGGAGGCCAUUGCAACUCCAACGAAUGAUAACAAGGUGGUUAUGAACUUCCUCAGGAAGAAUAUCUUUAGCCGGUUUGGAGUCCCAAGAGCCCUCAUCAGUGAUGGAGGGAGCCAUUUUUGUAACAGACCAUUAGAGGCUCUUCUCCUACGAUACGGGGUAAAACACAAGGUAGCCACACCUUACCACCCCUAA